CCUAAAUUAUGCAGCUUCUUUUACAACACUGAAAAUAGUUGUUCAACCAAGCCAGACAGCAUGUUUUCUGCAAUACUGCUCCUUUGCCUAUCAGCUACGGUGUGUCAAGCUGGUCUAUUCGACUGUCCUACACCUGAAGUGCCGAAGAACUUUAGUCUGGGCAAGCUAAAUGGAACUUGGUAUGAAAUUGAAUCUACAGCUGGAGCGGAAAUGUUUCCCAGAAAAUGCUCAAAAUUCGUAAUAGAAAACAAAGGUUCACUCAAGGCGAGCCUUCUUCAUAAAUACGCGUCCUCUAUUGGUGGCUUUCCUAAAUCUGAACUGUGGGAGCUUAUCACCCCAAAAUCAUCGGAACCAGCAAAACUUCAGAUGAAUCCUGUGAAGGCAGAAAUUAUGGCCAAGAGUAAGCCUGUCUGGAUACUGGACACUGAUUACAGAAACUACGCCCUUGUAUACUCAUGCUUUAAGAAAUAUGUUUCUCCGAUUGAGGAAGUUAGUAUUCUUGCUCGAACAAGGACUGUACAUGACAUGGACAUGAGGAGGUACCAUGACAUUCUAAAGAGGAAAAAUGUUGAUCCGAAGAUUCUGAAGAAGAUUGAACAAAACAAGAACUGCAAAGAAUAAAAUGUAAGCAAAAAGAGUAAUUCGCCAUCCAAUUACUAACAAAAUAAAUCAUUAAAUUAA